CCUUCACCUUUUUCUCCCACUUUUCUCAAACUUUUCUCUGCACAUGCGUCGCUCCCGAAAUGCAGGUUGUCAAGAGUUAAAUUAAUUCAUUAAAUUCCAAACCUUAGCCUGCAGAGCGGGAUAUCACGUGAAGGGAUCACAGACCGCCCCACAUCCCGACUGUGCUGGCUUUGUGACAUGCUGGCAUUACCAUGCAGGCAAUUGAACAGUGACGCAACGCGUUUGGCAAUAGAGUCGCGCGCCGGCAAGGCUGCAGAGGUGCGACAUGUUGCGAAGAAGCUUCCCAAGAUGUCAUCGCUCCCCAAGCCUGGUGCUGUGUGGGGGCCCAUCUUCAAUUGUACCUCUGCUUAAUGAUGCGGACGGAAGGGGUUCUGCUUUGCGACAAGGGCUCAAAACAACGCGCCGGAGAGAUGGCGCUCGGUGCAGCGCAUCUAACAAACGCCAUUUCCAGCCCUCUUCUCUUUGGUCAAAAACUUCCCGAGGCCUCGAGCGACAGGCGCAUCGCCAAUUGAAGUAUGGAGAGUUUCCAGCUGUCGCUUGUGGGUCGCCUGCACCCUCUACCUUGGCCUGGGCGGAUGUGCCGAAUGCCGAGCGCGUCAGUAAUGCCGCCUUCGAUUUUGCGCCUGAGAUACGUCGCUCCUCUGGAUUGUCAAGCGCAAGCAGAGGACGACCUGGGCACUAUCGCUCGCCGUUUGCAACAGCACGACAUCAACAGCACAAAAUAAUCAUUUCUCAGAGACACUACUCUUCGCAACCGGACGCGUCAAACAGCAGCAAGGAUGCCCCGCCACCUCUUCAUCUCGCCCAUCGAAUGGCCGAGGCAGCGGCCACCUCCUUCGCGUCCAUAGUUGUGCUGGCCGUCGGCUUCGCCAUUGCCGGGUACGCCUAUCACAAGUCAUACAAGGCCAUUGUUCUCAAGAAGAUGGCCAAUGCCUUUGAACCCGGCGAUCCAGUCCUUGAGCUUGCUGCCAUGGGCAAAGGGAUGCCUUACCCGCUCAUUCACGGUCACCACCCGGACGGUAGUGAGGUUGGAUCUCAUCACUGGGUAGCUCGACCGGAGCAGGAAAGGGUUGAUGCCAUUGUGUCCGGUCGCAUCAGCGGGCACUACCACCUACUCAUUGGAGAGAAGGGCACCGGGAAAACGAGCAUGCUCCUCGAAGGGAUGCGAAAGAUUGACGGAGAGGGUAUUGCCAUGCUUGACUGCCACGCGGAUCUUGAGUUGUUUCGCAUACGGCUCGGCAAGGCGCUCGACUACGAGUACCACGAGGAUUAUAUUGGCGGAUACUUCAACGAGCGAGGACCAAGGGAUACCACGGCUUUGCUUGACAUUGAGCGCGCCCUCAACAAGCUCGAAAAGGUUGCCAUGAAUCGCCGGAAGACGAAGCCCGGUCGGCCACUUGUCCUUAUUAUCAACCAGAUGCAUUUGCUCCGCGAUGACGAGGAUGGAAAAGACCUGUUGGAGCUUUUGCAGCAACGGGCAGAGCAAUGGGCGGCAGCCAACUUGGUCACCAUGGUCUUCAAUUCGGACGAUUACUGGGUUUACGAGCGCUUCAAGCAGCUCGCUACACGCAUGGAGGUUCUCGCCGUUCAGGAUCUGCCCAAGGCACAGGCUACGGACGCUUUGAAGAAAUAUCGGCGAAGGUACCACGCGCAAGAAAUCGAUGAUGCCACUGCCGACAGCAUCUACGGACAAGUGGGCGGCCGGUUGACCUUCCUCCAUCGCGUGGCCAAGAGCAAGAACAUGCUGGAAACUUGUCGCAAACUCAUCCAGAUUGAGAAGACGUGGUUCCUCAACCAGUGCUGGAUCCUUGGCUCGACUAUGGAUGACGACGUGAUGGACCAGCAGAAAUGGGCGGCUGCUGCCAUGGUUCUCGCUCUGGCUCUUGUUGACAAGGAGUCUGAAAUGGAGCGUACCUAUGAUCCCGUCAAAGGUCAUAUGCUGCCUUCAUUUCCGGUUCAUGAGGCCCAAGAGAUCAUGACGCGGGCCGACUUUGUCCGCGACUUUGACCGUCGCAAUCUCUUCGCCAUCACGAGCAACGCCGACGUUCGUGCCUCGUCGGUCCCGAUGCACAUUGCCUUCAAGGAGAUUUGCUCCCAGCCCGGAUUCCGAGAACACCUCGAGGCGACAAACAAACGUAUCGCCGACAUUGAGAGCUUGGGCCGCACAAGGGAGUUGCAAGCCAAGGAUCUAUUCCUUGGUGGUAAAUACGAGAUAACCCAGAACAAGGGGAUGACGGUUGUUGAGCUGAAGGGAAUCCAGCCGGAUGGAUCUCCAGAUGACCCAGAUGAUGCAGCCUCUUCGUAACUCCAGUUCAGCCAUGCACAGCUUGGCCACCAUUUUCCUUUGUCUUUUUUUUCCCUUUCUGACCAUCUGUCUCAUGUACUACCACGCAUGUAUCUCGGAGUUUACUGCUUAUCCUCGAUAGACCUAGACAGAUCGAUCUCGUGAUGCACAUUUCCUGUUUUCAGCCAA